AUGUCUAUCCUACCCCAACACAAAUACUACCUUGCAAGGUCUCCAACCCAUUAUCCAUGGCACCGCAAACGUGUCAUUUUUUCAGCCACUACCACCACUACAAACCCUAAGUCCAGCCCUGACCAGCUAACUAUUGAACCACAGCUUGUAAACCCACCAAACCCAGUCCCAUCUAUUAGCUCCCGUCCUGUGCUCAAUGACCCAAGUUUGCAAUCAACAUGGUCUCACCGUACAUGGGUGGCAACUGGGUGCACCACAGUGCUGGUUUCUCUAGCUAAGGGUAUAGUAGGUGCAGCUCAUUCUCAUAUCUGGUUUGAGCCCAUGUUAGCAGGCUAUAUUGGGUACAUUUUAGCUGACCUUGGAUCUGGGGUCUACCACUGGGGUAUUGAUAACUAUGGAAAUGAAUCGACACCAAUUUUUGGCAAUCAAAUUGAAGCAUUUCAAGGUCACCAUAAGUGGCCAUGGACAAUCACCAGGCGUCAAUUUGCUAAUAACUUGCAUGCUCUAGCACGAACAGUAGCAUUCUUUGUGCUUCCUAUAGACUUGGUUUGUAACGAUCCUAUUGUAAAUUCCUUUGUUGGUGUGUGCGCUGGUUGUAUCAUGUUUAGCCAGCAAUUUCAUGCUUGGGCUCAUGGAACGAAGAGCAAGUUACCACCACCAGUAGUGGCAUUGCAGGAUGCCGGAUUGCUUGUGUCAAGGUCACAACAUGCUGCUCAUCAUCGGCAACCAUAUAACAAUAACUAUUGCAUAGUUAGUGGAGUUUGGAAUGAAUUCUUGGAUAAGAAUAAGGUUUUUGAGGCACUAGAGAUGGCUUUGUAUUUUAAGCUUGGAGUGAGACCCAGGUCCUGGAGUGAGCCUACUUCUGACUGGACUGAAGACGCCGAGACCACAUCUCAGGUCGCAGUCCAAUGA